UAUUCCGUUGCAGUUUAAAAAGAAGUCUGUAUGAUUUUGACGGUGGAGGGGACAGUUGUGAUUCUAAUAUGAAUGAUUAUGAUAAAAUUACUGCUUUUCUUGGUCAGUGGGGACGCUUCCAGCAGAUUGUCUUCUUCCUGCUCUGUGCCAGCAUCGUGCCCAAUGGAUUUGCUGCUUUCUCUGUUGUCUUCUUGACUGACAUUCCCAGUCACCACUGCCUGGUUCCUGAGGUUAACCUGACCCAAGAUUGGCGCAGUGCUAUCAUACCGAUAGAGGUGGUGCAUGGGAAACAGAGGUUGAAGAGAUGCAGCAGAUACAGGCUGGAUGUGGUCAGAAAUCUCUCUGCUCAGGGAUUGUUUCCUGACAGGGAUGUCAACCUCACUGACCUGGAGCAGGAGAGCUGUGUAAAUGGGUGGAGCUACAGCAGAGACAUCUACCAAUCUACCAUAGUCUCUGAGUUUGACCUGGUGUGCAGUGAUCAGUGGAAGCAGCCGUUCACUUCCACAGUUUACUUCCUGGGAAUUCUUAUUGGAUCCUUCAUCUCAGGACAGCUCUCAGACAGGUUUGGAAGAAAGCCUAUUUUCUUUGCCACCAUGGCAGUUCAGACAAUUUUUUCAUUUGUUCCAAUCUUUUCACCUUCUUGGACGGUGUUCUCCAUCCUCCUCUUCACCAGUGGUUUGGGACAGAUCUCCAACUAUGUCGCUGCUUUUGUGCUGGGCACUGAAAUCUUGACUGGCAAUGUGCGGGUCAUGUUCUCAUCUUUGGGUGUAAGUCUGGGCUUUGCCGUUGGCUACAUGACACUGCCUCUCUUGGCUUACUUUUUAAGGGACUGGAAAUCUCUCCUGUUGGCUAUCUCUCUGCCUGGUCUGCUUUACCUCCCUCUCUUGUGGUUCAUCCCAGAGUCCCCUCUGUGGUUACUCUCUCAGGGAAGAGUGAAAGAGACUGAGACCAUAGUGAGAAAGGCUGCUAAGAUGAACAAGGUUGAGGCUCCACAGGUCAUCUUUGACGAUUACAGUGUACAUGCUGAUGAGACAAAGGCACACCCUAGGCAACACCACAAUGUCUUCAACCUGCUGAGGACAAAAAACAUCAGAAACAUGACUGUCAUUCUGUGCCUGGUGUGGUUCACUCUGAAUACUGGAUACUUUGUCCUGUCCUUGAACACAUCCCGACUUCAUGCUAACCCCUAUCUCAGCUGCUUCAUCUCAGCAGCUGUAGAGGUACCAGCAUACAUUUCCAGUUGGCUGGCUCUGAGAUACCUUCCACGACGACUGUCUGCCAUCUGUGUCUUGCUCCUUGGAGGAGUGUCACUGUACUUCAUUCAACUGGUGCCUGAAAAUUUAUCAGAUCUGUCUGUUGGUCUGGAGAUGUUGGGUAAAUUUGGUAUCUCCACCGGUAUGGCACUGAUGUAUGUCUACACAGCAGAGCUUUAUCCAACAGUGCUCAGGAGCACAGUGACAGGGACAUGCACUACUGUUUCCAAUUUGGGAAGCUGCAUUGCACCUUCUUUGAUACAUCUGAGUGAAAACUUUAAGUACCUGCCUUAUAUUACAGUGGGGACUCUGGCUGUUAUGUCUGCCUUUGCUGCUUUCUUCCUGCCAGAGACUUUUGGAAGACCUCUUCCUCAAACUAUUCAACAGAUGCAGAGCAUGAAGUUUCCAUUCAUCACAAGAAAAGAUCAUUCAAAACCUGUGGUGUUUUUCGAAAGUCAACUCUGAUUGUCUAAAACAUUACUUACACAAGCUAUUAAUAAAUGUUGUACCAUUUACUAUCAUUCCUAAUGUUUGC